AUGAAGGUGUUUGUAGUGCUUGUACUUACAGUAUUCACUGGUUGCCAUGCCAACCUUUUCUGGACAGACCAGCCCAUACUACAGCUGGAGCUGGUGAAAGAAGUAUUCUGGGACUAUGUUGCCAAGGCAACACCCUCUGCUGAAGAGACUCUCCAGAUGAUCAGACAGUCUGAGCUGGGCCAGGAAGUCUAUGCUCAGAUCACAGAGAGCGCGGAUGCGGCCAGCAAAUACGUUGUCACUCUCCAGAGUCAGAUGACCCCUCUGGCUCAGGACUUGCUGAGGCAACUCUCCCCGGAGGCCGAGCAGCUGUGGGUAUGUCUGGAGAAAGACCUGAGCAACCUGAGGGUCCAGCUGGAGCCCUACGCUGAGGAGCUGAGGACCCAAAUUCAGCAACAGGUGGAGCAGCUGAAGCAGGACGUGGCCCCUCAUGUGGAGUCCCUGGACCCCGAGGCCCUGUGGGCCGCCCUGCUCCAGAAGAGCGAGGAGCUGAAGGGGAGCCUGGAGCAGAGCGUGAAGGAGCUGCAGUCCCAGCUGCACCCCCACACCGAGGAGCUGAAGGCUAAAGUGGACCAGCACCUGCAGGACUUCCACAAGAGUGUGGCUCCCCUGGCCCAGAGCUUCCAGAUCCAGCUGGCCCAGAAAACCCAGGAGAUUCAGCAGAAUCUGGCCCCCUACGGUGAGGACCUGAGACAGAAGCUGGACUCCUACGCCCAGGACCUGAAGGCCCAGCUCACCACCCUCUGGGAGUCCUUCACCAAGAAGAACUAG